UUGGUGCCAGUCGAGGCAGCAUACAGCACGAUAUGAACGGUAAUCCUGAGUAUGACCAGACAGAACUCGAUGAAAGUGAUACACGAGAAACUUCAAGUCCUGCUCCUCAACCUUCCAGUGCUUCGAAAAUUCCUGCAAGUACACUAGACAUAGGGUCGCAGCUAGAUAGUGAUGAAAUACCUUUGGUCUAUGUUCUGCGACUUUUAUGCAAGAAUUUCCUGCUGCAGGGUCAGAAUGGUGCUCUGAUUAGCGACAGGCAGGUGCGGGUCAGCCUCAAGAGUCUUGCCCUUGGCUGCAUCACAUCAAUUUUCACACUUUGCCCCAGGCUUGUGCUUCUCAGUCUGUCUCCCAGCUGUAGCACAUUGUCUUCUCACAACUCAGGGUCUAGUCAAGCUCUUUGGGAUGUUCUUCUUUAUGCCAGCCAUCCUGAUCACCAGCUGAAAGGGCUCACAGCCCUUGCUAUUGGCUCAAUCAUACAGGCUGUUUUGCUGGAGGGACGUGGAGACUUCUCCUAUUGGCUGCGACUGCAAGGAGCAAGUGUGAAUGAUGUCAUUUCUGUGGAUGGUUUGCUCAAGACACUGGUAGGCAUUUUAGAUGAUGACUCGGCUGUAGCCACACGAUACUCUCUUAGCGCCCUACAGUUGUGCCUGCCUCAGCUGUUGGACAGUUGUCAUGGUCGCCUGGGCUUGCAGCUACUCCUUGAACUGUUGAAGGUCAAGGCUAAUCCAUAUUGGUUAGUCAAGGUUGAAUUGCUAGAAAUCCUUGGGUCUCUCAACUUUAAGAAGAUUCACUACUUGGAGUCAAUCAGCCAAGAUAUACAGCAAGGGGAGCACCACUUUCAGGGAAGGACACAGCUGCAGCAGCACUACCUGGAGAAAGUAAUAAUUCCUCUCCUUGGUGAUGAAGAUGGACGAGUACGGCAUGCUGCUUCAUCUUCACUCAUCAAGCUAGUUCCUCAUCUCUUUUUCCCAGUGGACUGCCCACAGCAUGACCCCAUCAUCUCAGUGGCCAAGGAUGAAUCAGAUGCCUUGUUGUUUCCCAUUCUUCAUGAGCUGGCAAUGGAACCACCUCCACUAGUGCAAGGCUUGGUACGGCCAUAUCACUUUGACAUCUUGCAGGAAGUCAACCCCAACAUUGAAAGUUCACUUUCCCGCAUCGUGCAGAUGCUGAUGCAUCAGCUGCUGGUGUCGCAGUCAAAGUAUAUGACAAGUGGGUGUUGCCAUGCCUUGUGCCGACUGUCAGAAGAGUUUCUUGUGACUUCGUAUGCUUCUUCUUGGGGGUGUGGUCCUGCCAAGCAGAUGCUGGCAAGAGAUACAGUUGGACGAGUCAACAUGAAGCGUCCUCCAAGUAGAUCUUUAAGUUCUUCAAGUUCAUUGAGCCUUGAGGAGUUGACAGCUGGGGUAGGAGGAGGUCCUUUGCCUGUCAUCCUCUCCAUCAUGCUGUCUACUCAGGCUACUCUUGACCUGACCACUCAUCAUGAUAUGCUUCAGUUUGCAGGAAACCUCAUUGCAGGCUCGGCUUACAAGACUCUGCGAUCAUCAGAAGAAACUGCAAACAUGACUGGUGCAGGAGAAGAGGGCAGCUGGGCAGCAGUGGCAGAUCGCAUGUUGGUGCCUCUCAUUGAGCAGCUUCUUACCCAUGUCUCCAGAAUACUUAAUGCCUGCACACAUGUCAUUGAUGAGACCAUCCCAGGACCCCCUCAGGUCAAACCUACCCUCCCUUCUCUUCCAAAUGCACCGUCACUCAGUCCAGUGAAAAGGAAAGUGAAAGGCGAGAAGGAAGGCACAAUGUCAACAACACCAAGCCAGUCUGCUGAUAGCAAGACUCCACAAAAGACACCGGUCAAAGAUGCCAGAGAGCUAGACAAGGAGAAACACAAGAAGGAUGGCAUAGGGGCCUUUUACUCUCUCCCUCAAUACCUCAAACUGUAUGAAGUUCUAAAGGGGGCUUAUUCCAACUACAAGACAUCACUGGAUUUAAACAGCUCGGACAAGUUCUGUUCCUUUGUACGAACAGCACUGGGCGUGAUGGCUCAGUUGCUGGAAAUUGCAACCCUUUAUGAUGUGGGCAAACAUGCAGAAGAGGUCUUGGGGUAUUUCAGAAGCACAGUUACCUUGGAGCCCACAACCACUGUACUGUGUGUUCAGCAGUUACUCAAAGCCUUGUUUGGUACCAAUCUGGCCAGCCAGUGGGACUGUGAGCAGCAAAAUGCUGCAGCUGCUAGACCUGGAAAGGCAGCACGUCCAUCAGCCAGUGGAAAACCAGGACUUUAUCACAGCUGUUUGGGUCAGCCAUAUGCCCACCUGACGCACUCUUUAUUGACUGCCUCCUAUAGAGCUGCCACUCAGGUAGACACAGAUGAUUCUAACAGUUUUCUUCUGUGGUUGAAGAAACGUGUGGAGAGGAAAGUGCCUGCAAUAUUGAAACCUGCAAGCAAAGUUGACAAGGCAGUGAUCGGAUCCUACAUUCGUCUCUUUGAGCCUCUUGUGAUCAAGGCUUUGAAACAGUAUACUGUGACAUCCUGUCUGCAGCUGCAGCGGCGUCUUGACCUUCUGACCCAACUAAUUCAGCUGCGGGUCAACUAUUGCCUCCUUGAUUCAGACAUGAUUUUCAUAUCCUUUGUCCUCAAGCAGUUUGAAUUCAUCGAGGAAGGUCAGAUCAGGAACUCCGAGGUGUUGGUGCCACAUGUAUUUCAGUUCCUAGUAAUGCUUUGCUAUGAGAAGCACCACAGCAAGCCUAUCAUAGACAUGCCGCGCAUCAUACACCGCUGUGAUGGCAUCAUGGCAUCUGGUCUCCAGCCUGACACUCACGCUAUUCCAGCACUUCAGCCCAUAGUGUAUGAUCUGUUCUUGCUUCGAGGAACUACUAGGUCAGAGGUCAGCAAAGACCUGGAGACACAGCGAGAAGUUGUGGUGUCUAUGUUACUGCGCCUCAUUAAUUACCACCAGGCAUUGGAGAUGUUUGUUAUCAUUCUUCAGCAAUGCCACUGUGAAAGUGAAGAGAGGUGGAAGCGCAUGUCACGCAUGGUCACAGAUGUUGUUCUGCCUGCCUUGGUGAAACAGCAGAUCAGCCUGGAAAGUCAGGCAGCCUUGGACAUUCUACAUCGUCUGUUUGAGUCUGUAGCACCCAGUGUUUUCCGACCUGUGGACAUUCUAUUAAAAACUCUUUUAGCUCCACCUGUCAGUGUGGAAAGUGUACAUGGGGUGGAACGAUGGAUGUGUCUUGUGCUGGCGUUGCUGCGGGUGCUUGUGUCACAGUCCAAGGAAGAGGUUAUCCUCUCUCGUCUUGAGGAAAUUGGUCUACAUGUCUCCCUAACUCGAAUGUCAUCCAUCACAGACAUGUCAGCAUCUGUCACAGAAAUGCUGCGUAAUUUGUCUCCUGAGGAGACUUUGGCCUGGUUCUUGCUGCAGGUCAUCGGGAAGUGUGCAGAGACCCUGAGUGGCCAGCAGAGUGUUCUAGACUUUACUGCUGGCACCACUAACUUCUUGCUGCAGCAGACAACACACCUCAUGCUCUAUGUUACACACAUGUUCCAGUCUGGCUUGUUUCGGCGUGUGACUACGGCAGCAAUGGGACUUUUGCAAAAUGAAAGUGCUAACUGCUUCUACAACAUCCGUGAGAUCAACCACAACGUCAUGGCUCUCAGCACUACCUGUUCCAUGCUUCCUCUUCACUGGUGUAACAUCCUCAUUCUCCUGAACUAUGAUGACCGCAAGUUCUGGAGUCAGAUAGUUCAGACGCCACAGUCUUUUCGCAUGUCUAAUCAAAGCAUAAGAGGUGGUCAUGUGAACCCUCCUCGGCGAAUUGUAGAAUGUUCAAGUUUGGAGAUUUUGCGGCGGGGAGGUUUAAUUCUCUUUUGUGACUAUGUGUGUGAGAACCUGAACGAUGCAGAGCACAUGACGUGGCUUAUCAUUAACCAUGUGACUGACCUCAUCGAGCUGUCCCAUGAGUCCCCUGUUCAGGACUUCAUCAGUGCUAUCCACAGGAAUCCUGCUGCUAGCAGCUUAUUUAUUCAAGCCAUUCAUGCUCGAGGGGAAAGCGUGUGUCGGCCUUCCCUUGUGAAGAAGACAUUGCGGUGCCUUGAGGCUAUUCAUCCUUCUCAGAGUGGAGCACUGAUAACCUUACUCGUUGACAAGUUUCUCCACAACCAUCAGCUGGCUGUGACACGAAUGAGUGACACUGUCAUAUGUCGGAGACUUGAGGGACUACUCGCUGAGAAUGGAGAGGAAAGCAGCAAGCAGCUUCCUCAGGAGGACCUGGCCAAACUGCUGCUCUUCAUUAAAUCCAACAGCUUGAUUAGGCGACAUGAGAGACUGGUUUCAUUGUUGAACAAACUGUACAGCAUAGUCUCCACUGGGUCACAGGCACCAUCCUCACCAGAAAAGACACAUCCUCUGGCCUUGACAACUGUUAAGGUCACUGACAUUGUGAUUGACAAGGACUUCUUCAUGAGUAUUACAAGAGACCAGUGCUUCUCGUCCUCACCUUCCAUGCGGGAGUGCGCAUUCCUUUUGCAGCGUCUUGAAUAUGCAGACAUACUGUCCAUCACAAUGACCAAGGAAUUUAAUCUCAGUGUGUUGGAAGAAUGCGUCUCCCUUGGUGCCUUCCGCACCUUGCUGCGUUACAAUCGUGACAAAGACAACGAGAGAGCCGCCUCUCCAACCGAACCUUCUCUUGAUCCUCUCUUCCAGGCAGCUCAGCUGACCAUGUUCCGUCACAUCAACAAUGUCAUCAACCACUUGCCUGUCCCUCACCAGUGUCUGGCGUUUAGCACAGUGCUGCCAUCUCGAGCCCUUCGCUACAUGGAAAGAAUUGACGAUCUCUUCACUGAUCACGGCUGGUUUGAUAUGAACUUUAGCCUGGCUGCAGCAUUUGCUCAAUAUGUUGUCUGCAUCCGGCGAUUUCCGUGGGAAGCAAGGGUUCCUGGAGAGUCCCGGGCUGAUGUCUGUAGGUUCUGUGUUCUUCUAAUGGAGAUGGUUCACUGGGCCAUACAACAUGACAGCUUGCCAACAUCUGAGCAGCUGCAGACUUGCCUGGAGUGUGUGGCCUGUGUGCUGCAGGACACCAGUCUCUGGUCAUUGCUGGCUCAAGAUGACCAUGCCACCUGGGCCAGCACCCUCAUAGCAGGCCUGCACCAACUUCUUUCCUCUGUUGUAGUUCUGCCAGGUGAGAAAGUGGCCAGUCCUACUCAUGAAGAUCAUUCGGAUGAUGAUAGCUGUGAUGAUGCAGCAUGCAUGAUACGUGCAUGUGACCAAGUGUCAGAAUUGGUGCACUGCCUGCAGACACGCCUUCACCCUGCUAGUGAUGACAGUUUGCGGUUUCCACCUUUCUUAGCUUCGCUUAUCCGCAAUAUCAUCAUUGGUCUUGCCAGGCUUCCACUUGUCAACACCUAUGCUAGAACACCUCCUGUUGUGUGGCGCCUUGGAUGGUCUCCCUCUCCAGUAGGCAGCCAUCGUACUCAGCUGCCUCCCCUUCCAGUGGAAUUUCUGCAAGAGAAGGAUGUACUGAAGGAGUUCGUCACGAGAAUCAACACACUAGGCUGGACUAAUCGGCAACAGUUUGAGGAGAGCUGGAUGAGUCUGUUGGGUGUACUUAACCCAGUGUCCCAUGCAGGCCAACCCCUCUCCUCAGAGGAGGAGAUAGAACAGUCUCAGGGAAUGGUGAUAGCAGUUCGAACCAUCACAGCCCUUCUCCUGCAGGCCAUGUAUGUGCCCUGUUCUGGCAACCCUGUCAACAGCCAGUAUGAGAUUCGGCCACGUGAUAAACCUUUGGCCUUCCUCAUGACUAGAUGUGGGAAAAAGCUAUCAAUGAUCAGAGGACUCAUAGAACAAGAAGUGCGUAAUUUGUGUGCUAUCAAGCCAGAUCGUCUUACACACCAUCCAUACAGCAGUCCACGGCGAAAGAUAGAUUCUAUUCACUACGAUUUGUUUGAGGAAAACCUGGAACGAGAGUUUGGCUGCGAGGACUAUGGACUUGGACAGAUUUCACUGGAGUCAGUGUGGGCAGUUGUGGGCAGCCUUGAACCAGCAUUUGCAGAAUCUGACACUACAGACUCGCUGGACAGCCCACAGCCUGAUGAUGUCCGAGUGCAUUUGGCAUCUCGUGCAGGAGGCAGCAGUGGAGAGGCCCAUGGGGAGCGAUCAGUGUCGUUGAGUGGACUGGACAUCCACUCAUGUCUGCAGUUUCUGCUGGAGCUGUAUGGAGCAUGGCUGCAUGUAGACAACAACCCCAAGCCACCACUCAUGCUGAUCAAUGCUGUGGUCAAAUCAAUGGUCUGCUUGUCAGAUUUGUUCAUGGAGCGAGAGCAAUUUGAGUUUAUGCUUGACACUCUGCUGGACGUACUGAAAGUCCAUCCCUCAGAGGAUGAGCUUGUCAAUCAGUACCUGAUUGUAGGACUGGCAAAAGCAUCAGCUGUCAUAGGCGUGGAUGCUGCAACAGUUGAGAAGAUUGUGAAGACAGUGGACAAUGGUCUGAAGAGCACACACUUACCCACCAAGAUCUCCUGCCUGCAUGGAAUGCUGUAUCUCUUGGAAGGCGGACUCAGUGACAUCGUUCGUGCAUUGUUGCCAACUAUGGCUGAUUUUAUUCUCCGUCAUCUUGCUAUAGUGUCACAAGCCUGCAUUAUUAGCCAGCAGUUUGUCAUAACGCUGUGGGCCACAGCCUUCUACAUGCAUGAAAACUUCCACAAUGAACUGAAAGACACAGACUUUACCUCCAAGAUGAUGCAGCUGAUAGUUACUACAGCAGCUUGCAGCGAGGAAACAGUGUCAACAGCAGUCUUUCUGACCAUUAUGAAGGGGACGGAGAGGCUGCUGCUAGCCGAUGUCAUGUCACGCACCGACACCGAGUCCAUCAUCAAACUCAGCAUGGACAGGUUGUGUCUGCCAAACCCACAGAGAGCCCUUCCUGCUUUGGGGCUUAUGUUCACUUGCAUGUAUUCUGGCAAGUCACUUGACCAGUACAGCCCCCGACCAAGGGAUGAGCCAACCUUUUUAGUGAGCAAUGCUUUUGAGACAGUUUACCAGGAUCCAGAGUCUCUCAUUGUGGCCAUGGAGCGUGUCACCGUUCUAUUUGACAGAAUCAAGAAGGGCUAUCCUUAUGAAGCACGGGUGAUCACAAGACUUCUGCCUGCCUUUCUGGCUGACUUCUUCCCACCACAAGACAUCAUGAAUAAAGUCAUCGGAGAGUUCUUAUCCAGCCAGCAACCAUAUCCACACCUGAUUGCCAAGGUCGUCUUCCAGGUGUUUAACAACCUGCACCAGCAGAGCCAGCAGAACUUGGUGCAGGAGUGGGUGAUGCUGUCCCUGUCCAACUUUACUCAGCGAUCACCUGUAGCCAUGGCCACUUGGAGCCUGACCUGCUUUUUCAUCAGUGCCUCUACUAAUGUUUGGCUGAAAGCUCUGUUUCCUCACGUCCUUGGACGAAUGGGCAAGCUGGAGAUUGUGGAUCGUCAACUCUUCUGCUUGGCAGCCCUGGACUUCUUCCGGCAGCUGACAGAAGAUAUGCAUCGCCGAACUUUUAUAUCCACCUUUCAGACAGUUGCUUCACAAGACUCACCUUACCGAGAACUGAUUGAAUGUCUGACCGCAUGAAAUAGAUGGAAGACAACCAUCCCUUAUGUCACCCAAGACAGCCGAAAUGUUUGUGCACAUUAACAGCACAGAUUUUCCUAUUAUUACUUUUUAAAAUAUUUUUGUCAUGCAUCUUGUCCUUAGUGGCAGAUUACAGUAGUUCCCAGAAGAAGUAUCUGCACCAAGUCAAUAAUUGAUUUUUUUGCACAUUGGAAUGAGGAUUUGCAAUGACUGCAUUAUGCAGGUCAGAAAACUUACUUAAGUGUACUUUUGGGUGGGGGCAACUGUGACAUGUUGUGGUUAGCAAGAUUUCAUUUGUCUUAUGAUGCUUCAGAAAUCCAUGCAGUUUGACAGACUGAGUUCAUGUCGUCAUUGCCAAAACUGCAGAACAAAUUUGGAAUAUGACUUUGUGGUAAUCUCUGAUCAUCAUUAGAUGUGAUGAAUUAUCUAUAUUACCUUAAUAUAAUGAUGCUAUAGAUGUGAUAAUUAUUGUAACUGUGCAAUGUGUGGGUCCAGGAGUGGAUGAAACAAGUUGAAAAGAAGAAAAUGAGAGAAAAGUCCUUUUAGUAUGUUUGGCUCUGCUAUACAGAAACCUGCCUCUAAAGAUUCAGUAGGGUUUCUGCAUGAGCAUAGCUGUCAAUAGGGUCUUCUGUACAGGUGCACUUGUCAGAGGCCAGGGCUUGUAAUCAGUGCUUAUCGAAAUGUAUUCAGACAAAAGUUUGUCUUGCAGCUAUGUAGAGUCUUUUUGCUUGAAAACAUGGGUGGGACUCUUAGUAAAAUAAUAUUUAUGUCUAUGGCCGACCUAGGGAUUUGACAAAAGGUUAAAGAGGGAGAAAAAGGUCAUCCAGAUAAGGGAAAUAGUUACUUGUGCAAUGUAGCAAGAUUAAACCACAAAUGACUGGAUGCAAAAUAGUUUCCUCAUUGACAGCAUGUGCAUUGGCUCUAACAAAUCACCGCAUAGCUUGGACACUGGCUUUUUGGAAGCAUUAUAUCUGAGCCAGGACAGUAAUUUUUGUGUAGCUGGUCUACAUGGUCUGGUGACUGAUUGGGUUAUUGAUCACUAAUUCUAAAAUGAAUACUUGUUUUAGCUGUAUGGCUCCUUGGGGGUUAGGACUCCCUCCACAUGAGGUAUCUAGCUAGAUUGGGUCUCUAUUAAAAUAAAAUAAUGUGUUGGGUGGUAAGCGUAAGUGGCUUAGAUGUGUGUUUUUUUUAUCCCUGUCUCUGAUGAGAAGGCAAGGACAAGCCUUGUGAAUUGUGAGUGAAGAUGUGAGCGUCCAGAUGAUUAUGUUUGUGUGAAUAAGUAUCGUCAGUGCCAUAGAAUGCAGACAACUUUGUUAAUCCUUUAUGUCCAACACCUCUUUUAUGCCUCUAUUCUUUUAAUUAGAAUCUAUUUUUAAGUGAAUUUCUUACUGUCUGCUCCCAUGAAUCUACAGUCUGGUUUGAUAGAAAAAAGGAAAGCUAGUUGUCAGCCACAGGAGUUACACAGAAAAGAGGCAGGAUUCAUGACCCAGGAUUCUUUUAAUGCCUUAGCAUAUCUGGAGCCAUUAACUGUAGCACUUUUUUGAUGUUUCCUGUGAGGGUUUCUGCAAUCCAGUCCACCAACUUCAUUGCUGAUAAUUUACCUCCCAUAGUGUCUAAACCAAGAGGUGCACUGGUUUAGUGGUGUAGCACAGCAGACUUCCCCUAUUCGGGCAGCGGUUGGGACUGGGUCUCAGGUUGGGGGAGGGUAAAACAGCAAGAAGGAAAGACACCUCACCCCUUAACUAAAAAAAAAAAAAAUGGUUAGGAGAUUACCUUUACUUUUAAAUUACAUUGGCUGUAAAGAAAGAGAAGCUAGAAAUUUGAGAAAGCACUUUUUGUGACUUGUGCACCUUUAUCAAGAUUUGGACUUUUUUUUAGCAUUCUUUUAUGUGAACUCAACCUCUCAUUAGUCUGAUGCUGUUUUGUAGGUGUUUUGGUUGCUGUUACCGGACGUCUUUGCAAUCACAUUAUAUCUAUGGCUUUAUUGGUAAUGCAUUAUCUGCAUAGUCUGGACACUGCUUUAUAACUUCCGAAAACAAGAGAGUUUUUUUCCCUUUACGUUCUGAAUGCUUCAUAACUAUAUCCCCUCGUGGUCAUAAGGCUAUAAGACCCAUACCAUUACACCAGGGGUGGGAAAUGUCCAGUCUGGGAAAUCAUUUGGUCUGGCCCUCCCAAGCAACCACAGGAGGGCCUCAAUAUUCAAUAUAGAUUUUUUUUUUCACAGCAACAUAAAUUUAUAUUAAGUGAAUCAUAAUGAUGAUGUACAUUUUGAAAUAAUGAAAUAUGCCGAUGUGGUACUGGAAAAAACAGUUCCAGCCAUCACUUUAUGGGCGAGGUAACUGUUUGAUGAAAUAUAACAGGCUAAGUUUUAAGUUGAUGAUUUGUAUGGCCCUUAAAUGAUGCUAUAAACAUCGAAUUGGCCCAUGACAGAAAAAAAGGUUCCCAUCCCUGCAUUACACCCAUCCUUAUUUUUCAGUGUUCUUCAGUACGGCUUGUGACAGCGUUUUGAAUAUUUACAUUCCAUUUGGCGACAAGAGACGUUUUGGUGCAUGCAUUUAUGUAUGUGUUUAGUUCCCGCCCACUCACUUCUCAAGGAUACCAAAAAAUGGGAAUUAAAGUUGUCAUUGCGAAUGUUUAAGAGCAUGUCAGUGGUUUAGAGGAAGCUGACGGGGAAACAGGGAAGACAACACACUAAAGAGGAGUGGCUUCAGCCAAGCAGACAACCCUUUCUUCUCACUCCUGUGGUAAUUCCACCUCAGCUUUUUAUAAGAAACUAAAACUUAGAUGAACUUUCAUGGACUUAUUGCCACAUUCUUCUAUCUCUGCCAUUAUCUGAAGAAGUUUAAAGCAUAUACUUGUAUGCACUCGCAUGUGAUGGUGUUCACAGGCAUUUGGUCUCCUUGGAAUCUGAAAAAUUUGCAUUUUAGUAUUUUAUUUUUAGUCUAACAAAUGCAUCAGGUUCUGUCCAACUAAACAGGGAUGGGAAUUGAGCACAGGAGAUGUUAAAAGCCUUUAGCAAGAGGGAAAGUAUUUGCACACAACUGAGGUGAUUGCAGCACACUGUUUGCAUGUAUUUGUCCAUGUGACCUGCUUGAUGUACAGUGUCAUAGCAUCCAGGAUGACAUUAUUUGUUUGAAGUACUAAAUUAUUUAAGUCCUACUAUAUAUAUUUUUUUCAUUCAUGCCGCUUUCAUGAAAUGGCUGUAAAUGUCGAUGCAUGUACAUAAAAAUUAUUUUUUACAGCUUACAAUGCACGUACAGUAUUUUUCUUUUUUGAGAUUCACAUUGUCAUUAAUAGAUUGAAAAGCAGCCUUAAUGGGACCAUACAUAUUAUAACUACUUUUUUCUCUCCAAUGUUCUUAUUAUAGUUAUGUGUUCUUGGUUAAGAAGUUGGCAGUGUAUGCUUCUGCUGCAGACUUUUGGUAUAGAAAGUCUAAAUACGGUCUAGAAUCCUUCUAGAUGAAAGAUUACAAGCUGCACAGUUAUCAGAUACUGUUUUCUGUGGGUUUAGCAACAGAACAAUUGUAAUUAAAUUAAUAAUAGAGGGAAACUAGUAGUGUUGGGAAUUUUGUGAAAUAAAAGUCAAAGAUUAGCCAAAUUGGAUAUCAGUUUACUUAGUCUCUAUAUAUCCUUGAUUUUCCAACUUUCCAUCUGUACUAUGGUUUCUAUGUUUUGGUGAUAAAUGUUUCCUCUGUUUACUAAAUUUAGCACAUAAGAGAAAACCCAAUCUUGUAAUAUAAUAAUCAGCCUGUGAAAGCUUUCAGUUUGUAACAUGUAUUCUUUCAUGAGUUGUGUUCAUAUCAUUUAGAGGUAUUCUGCCUCUUUACACAAGGAAGGCGUGUACAAUAUCUCAUGGCCCAAAUGCUGGCUGCCCAAUAAGGAAAGAUUUAAGUUCAUAAUAUUUUUUCUUAAAUUCUGAUGGCUAAUUUUGUUAAAAAUGCAGAUGUACCAAGGACAAUUAAGUGUUGGUUUCAUGACUCUUUGUUAUGAUAAAAAAUGUUGCCAUUUAUGCCACAUUUCUUUUGCAAAUAAAACUCCAAAGAGUUUACC